GGCGUCAUAUAUAUGAGCACCCUUUUGUCUAUUUGUUUGUAAAUAUCCUCUUUCUUCUCAUGCUCACGGUCUUCUCUCUUGUCUCACUUCCAGGACUUGCAGUGAAGCUACAACUGGUAAGGGCUGCAGCUCUCUCAACCAUCUCCAGCAUCCUCCACAUCAAGCACAGUAAAUUCACUCGAGAAGCGUCUUGCCAACCCGCUGCUUGCCUAGUGUGAUACUUUCCCAAAAUGGAAGGCCGUGUGCACUUCAACUCCGUUCUUCCCUUGGUGAUUGCCACAAUGAUUGGGGCCUUUGCGUUCUCCAUGUAUCUGAUAACAAUUUUUCGGGUAUAUUCAUACGCAAAAGGCAAGAAUAUACCCGGAAAAGGUUGCAGAAAGGGAGCUACUGGAAGUCCAGACAAAAAGAUGGAGAGGAAGAUGGCCACCGUUCAUUCACACAAACAUGAAACAAAUUGCUGGGAAAAUUUACUCGACACUGGCUUGGACGACCUUCUUAUACCCACAUUGGAGCCUGAACAGAGGGCCAAGGCGACAACCACCAUGGAUCGACAUGUUCCAGACAACGUUCCUGCGACUAUUCCCCCAAAGGUCUCCGUCCCGGACACGCAGAAGAAGGUUGUUCCAUGGGACGGCAAGAUAAACUGGGCUCUAAAAGAGAGUAGCGUCUUCGACAGCGAAAAAGAGGAGCACGAAGCGUGUAGUAUAUUGUCGCGCCAUCAUAACCUGUCAAAUAUGUGGUUCUGUCAGUACGGACUUCGCUACAUCCCACAGUCAGACAACAAUAACACGUAUCGGACGAUCAAGAUCGAAUACCUCCCCUUGUUUACCACAGUCGAUGUUCUGUUGAGCAAGAUCCGCGGAGGCACCAUCUACUCUGCUCGACUGCUGAACACGAGCCUGAUCACAGGCCACCACACGGCUCUUGUGGUCUUCCUUCUGCAGAGGGAUGCGCUACAGUUCCUUGAGCGUGCGUCGAAAACGGGAUUCUGGAUUCAUCAUGCCAAGGCGAAAGUGUCCCUUGUCAACACCCCUACCUAUCCCAUUUCAUGGGAAAUGGAACGUCUGAUUUUCAGAGAAGGUCACACGCGCUGCAUUUCCAUGACGGGAAUGAACGAGCUGCUGGUGAAGAAACUCUCUCUUGUCAUGCAAAAGCGCUUCUGCCACUAUUACGUUGAAAGCACGGAGGACGGACCUGAAGGCCAGAUCUGUAUUCGCUUCCACUCCAUCAAGAUAGCGACCGCGGUAUACGAGCUGGUUCGUAAUAAUCCGAGAUUCCGGUAUUGUCGCGUGUCGUUUGCCCGGGACCCAUGCUGCCAGGAUCCGGAGGAUGAAGGUGGUAAGGGCGGUGGGGAUCGUUGAGUUGGGUACCAUUAGAUAUGGCAUACUUGCUCAACGGAACGCGUCGUGCUGUUUUCAAGCAUCAGAUGUUCUUUCUGCCCGGCAAAGAAUUAACAGACUUUGGGGAGUGAGGUAAGGGAAAUGGGAAGGAUCUUGUCAUGUGCAAAUCUCGACAUAGUGCAUAGUGCAAUGGAAAAAUAGUCCAUAGUCGGUAAUCAUGGUGUCAUUGAUGUGCGUAGCCAAGAG